UCGUCAGCUGCUUCCUUUUGUUUCUCUAUAAGAUCUUUGCUUUUUUGAGGUUUAAGAUAUGAGGUUAGUUCCUUUGUUCAUCGUUGCAGUAUUUGUUUCGGUUGUAAUGCGAAGCAGUUUUGUUAAUGGGGAAGCGAUUCCAAGUACAGCUGAUGGACCUUUCAAGCCCGUAACGGUCCCUCUCGAUAAGAGUUUCCGAGGACAUGCCAUCGAUUUGCCCGAAGACGAUCCUCGGAUUCAAAGGACCGCCACAGGCUGGGAGCCUGAGCAAAUCUCGGUGUCUCUUUCUUCAAACCAUGACUCGGCAUGGAUUUCUUGGAUUACAGGAGAAUUUCAAAUAGGAGAAAAUAUAAAAGAAUGGGAUCCAAAAGCAGUGGGAAGCAUUGUAAGAUAUGGGAAGUGGAGAUCUGCAAUGACAAGUAAAGCAAUAGGCCACUCUUCGGUUUAUAGCCAACUUUAUUCUUUCAAAGGCCUCCAAAACUAUACCUCUGGAAUUAUUCAUCACGUUAGACUUACUGGUUUGAAACCCAACACCUUAUACUACUAUCAAUGUGGAGACCCUUCAAUCCCAGCAAUGAGCGAUGUACACUAUUUCAGGACAAUGCCGGCCUCUGGUCCGAGGAGUUAUCCGGCAAGAAUCGCAAUCAUCGGAGACUUGGGGCUUACCUAUAAUACGACUUCAACAAUCGAUCACCUGAUGAGCAACAAUCCCGACCUCGUGUUGUUAAUCGGCGAUGCAAGCUACGCAAACUUGUAUCUCACCAAUGGCACCGGUGCCGACUGCUACUCUUGCUCUUUUCCUGAUACCCCUAUCCAUGAAACUUAUCAGCCUCGUUGGGAUUACUGGGGAAGAUUUAUGCAACCUCUGGUGUCUAAAGUUCCCUUGAUGAUGGUAGAAGGGAACCAUGAAAUCGAAGAACAGAUCGAGAACAAGACAUUCGCGGCUUAUAGUGCUCGAUUCGCGUUUCCAUCUGAAGAGAGUGGAUCGUCAUCAACGUUCUACUAUUCUUUCAAUGCCGGUGGCAUUCAUUUCGUGAUGCUCGGUGGCUACGCUGAUUACAACAAAUCAGGGGAUCAAUACCGGUGGUUGAAGACGGACCUUGCGAAAGUCGAUAGAAAAGUGACGCCAUGGUUGGUUGCGACAUGGCAUCCUCCAUGGUACAGCACAUACACUGCACACUAUAGAGAAGCAGAAUGUAUGAGAGUAGCAAUGGAGGAUUUGUUAUACAAAUAUGGAGUUGACAUUAUCUUCAAUGGACAUGUUCAUGCCUAUGAGAGGUCGAACCGGGUGUAUAAUUACAACUUGGAUCCUUGCGGUCUAGUUCAUAUCACAAUUGGUGAUGGCGGCAACCGAGAGAAAAUGGCGAUCACACAUGCCAAAGAACCCGGGAAUUGUCCGGAACCGUCAACGACUCCGGAUAAAUUCAUGGGUGGAUACUGUGCGUUUAACUUCACAUCGGGUCCGGCAACUGGAAAAUUCUGUUGGGACAGGCAGCCUGAUUAUAGUGCAUAUAGAGAAAGCAGCUUUGGCCAUGGAAUCCUAGAGGUGAAGAAUGAGACUCAUGCUUUGUGGACAUGGCACCGCAAUCAAGAUGCUUACGGGACUGUUGGCGAUAUGGUUUAUAUUGUAAGGCAACCUGUUAGAUGCCCUGUUGAACCUGAGAUGAUUAAACUCAAAGUCUGAGACUUAAUCAUCCGAUUUGUUAAUAAUA